AUGAAAUGUAAAGAUCUUCAACAAGUUGUUUUUCGCAAAUACGAAGAUGGUGAUGGUCCUACCAAGAUCUUUCGCGAUUUAAGUGGCUCUUUAGGAUUAGCUACCAUAAAAAGAUGGUGCAAGAUGAUCCGUGACACCGGUUUUAUCCAGCUAUCAAAACCACCGGGUGGUCCACGUUUUGCUCGAACCAGUAAAACGAUUCAAAAAGUCAAACACAAACUCAAUCAAAAGAAGAUGGCAUCAGUUCGGAGUUUGGCUAAGGACUACAGUAUAUCCAAAUCCAGUUCACAUCGAAUAUUGAAAGAGGAUAUGAAACUCUAUCCCUACAAAAUGAGAAUUGAACCAAAACUUACGGAAGAACACAAAAACAAACGAAAAAAAUUUGUUAAUUGGGUCGGGCAUAACUUUCGAAAAGAGGACACAAUGCGCAUCUUAUUUUCAGAUGAGAAAAUAUUUGAUCUCGACGGUAUGUACAAUUCCCAAAAUCAACGUAUUUGGGCUGUUAGUCGAGAUGAAGCAGAUGAAAAAGGUGGCAUCAAAGUGAAACAGAAAUUUCCUCAAAAGGUCAUGGUCUGGCUUGGCGUUUGCUCCAAAGGGGUGACGCCAUUAGUCAUUUUUGACUCAGGAACAACAUUUCAGCAGGACGGUGCGAAACGCCAUAUCCAUCACCUAACACAAACAUGGUGUCAGGAUAACUUUCCAUCGUUCAUAGAUAAAGAUCACUGGCCACCGAAUAGUCCAGAUUUAAAUCCAUUGGACUAUUGUAUCUGGGAUGAAUUUGCGCAGUGUGUCAACUGGAAGAAAGUGACAUCAAAAGCCACACUGAUUGAUGAAUUAAAAUGUGCAGUCGAAAAAAUUCGACAAGAUGUUGUGUUGCAAAGUUGUUCUUCUUGGACUGCUCGUUUAAGUCGUGUUUUAAAAAAUGGUGGAGGUUAUUUAAAAAAAUAA